UCCUUGAGGCAAGACUUAUCCUUCGUUGUUCUCACUAGGCACCAUGAGGCGUUCGCCAGCCGGCCCCAGUUCUAGAAGAACCCCCUCAACCCCUCCACGCCGAGGGCGAUCUCCCGGAACACCACGCCAGGGUCCGCCGCCUCGAACCUCUCCACGCCGUCCUCACCAGAGGCAACCCCCAGCGGCAGAGGCAGGGCGCCGGCGCCGGCGAAGGUACCGCCCCGGCCAGCGGGCGAUGCUGGAGAUCAGGAAGUACCAGAAGAGCACCAACCUACUCAUCAGCAAGCUGCCCUUUGCCCGUGUGGUGCGCGAGGUCUGCUUGGAUUACACCCGGGGGGUUGACAUGCAAUGGCAGGCAAUGGCUUUGCUGGCUCUGCAAGAGGCGGCUGAAGCUUUCCUUGUACACCUGAUGGAGGACGCCUACCUUUGCGCUAUCCACGCCAAGCGCGUCACCCUCUUCCCCAAGGACCUGCAGUUGGCUCGGCGAAUCCGUGGCAUCCAAGAGGGCUUGGGCUAGUUUCCCUCCUCCUGUCGCCCUGAGCUGAGGAUGCAUCUUCUGAGACCGGAAAAGCCACAGGGGAGCGCCUUGGAGAACGUCACACACUCCAGGACCUAUUUCUGAAGAGAAACUCCUAGCUCGGGCCUAAAACUUCCUGUGAGGGGGCACCAAGAGCCGGACUCCUUUCUCUUGGUUCGAACUCUGAGGGAAGUUGGGCCUUCCUGCGCCAUUCUCCAAAAGCUUCCCUGUCAUAACUGAUGCAAUUCUAUAUUCUAGGGGUGUGAGAAGAAGCGAAUUGGAUCGUAAAUCGGCAGAAGGUCACAAUUCCACUGCAACUUAAGCACUUUGAAAGCUCCAUUGGUUCUUCCAGUGGGGGAGUUAAAAAGCGCGAGCUUUAAAUCUCUUCGCCGGGAACCACAGGGACUUGAAAAUUGCUUCAGGUUUUGUUUUUAGCAGGAUUGUACCCCUAGGUGUUUUUUUUACUUGGUAAUUUUAAACUUCUUUGGCCUUCUUGAAGGUGACAUUUUAUACUAGCUACUCUGGGAUAUUCCCAUGUAUUGCAGUGC